UGUCAAAAACAGCUGAAGCAUUGUUUUUAUUUUGAUUUCUGCGAUUCGCUGGGAAGUGGUUUAUAUUUUAUCUGUAGAAAAACGCUCAAAGUUCACAACUAUGCAAAUUUGUCGAGCAUGUGGUCAAAGUCUUCUUGGCCAGGACAAAUGUGAGGAUUUCCAGAAAUACGUUAAUAUUUACUAUCAUCUUACAACUAUACAGUUGCGCGAACGUAGUGAUCUGAGUGGCCUGAAAGUGUGUAGUCAAUGUGCCCACAAAUUGCAAGAAUUUGACUGUUUUCGGAAGGUUUGUCUACAGGUUCACUGGCGACUGCAUGAUGUGAAAUUUGAACCACCGGAUGACGAUUACGUUUACGUAGAAUUGGAGUGUAAAGCGGAAGAUACAAACGAUCAGAUUACUGGAAGUUUUGAAGCUAACGAGAACGACGGCGAUGAUGACGACGACGACGACAAGCCCCUUAUGGCAUUGCGUAAAGUAAUUUCGACAAAAUCUUUAUCGCUGCCAACGGAAAAUGUAAUUAAAUCAGAAGAUGGUGAAACUAUUCCCUCAAAGCCGAAUAAAAAGCGCGCAAAAUGGGGUAGCUUGAAGAAGCUAGCAGAACCAAGAGAACCGUUGCAGACAUACAGCUGUGAUCGAUGUCCUCGGAAAUUUCGGGUGCUGCUUCGUUUGAAUGCACAUAAACGAACCCACGACGGACUCAAGCCUUUCGAAUGCAAACUAUGUGGGAAAGAUUUUGCAAAAUGGAACAAUUUAAAGUCGCAUCAUAUUCAAAAGCACACCGAAGACAAAAUUGCAAUACCCUGUGAGCAUCCGGGUUGUGGCCAAACCUUUGCCACAAGGCAGGGUCUAAAGCGUCAUCGGUUGCGAACGCAUGAUCCGAAUUACGUGCUGCCCGACCCUACAAAAUUCGUUUGUGACAGUUGCGGAAAGACGUUUUCGACCAAUGGAGCUUUGAAAAAACACCAGUAUGUCCACACCCCGAACGAGAUGCCUUUUGUUUGUGGACUGUGCGGCAAGAAGUUCCCGACGUCACACAAGUUGAAGGAGCACACAAUGCGGCAUGAAGGCAUCAAGAAUCAUACCUGCCCGUUUUGCGGUUUGCGAAAGACAACUAUGCAUGAACUUAGAAGUCACAUCGCCAACGUGCACUCGAGAGCUCGGUCAUAUACAUGCGAUAUCUGCUCAUCAGUUUUUACUAACAUCGGCAACCUUAAUCGACACGUUAAAAUUGUCCAUCUUGGUUUGAAGCCGUACAGCUGUGCAGUCUGCAACAGGCGUUUCGGAAAAAGUGAUCACCUAAAGCGACACAUGAAAAGUCACAAUUACACUUCAUCCAGCCCACGCUCAUUGCAACCUGAAACUCAACAAACAUCAAUUGAACAAGAACCGGGUUUGCCGGCAAUGGUAAUUCCGGACCAAUUAAGUAUUAUAUGUUAUUUUCUAAAGCAUUAUUUUAGAAUAAAAUUAAGAAUGCACAACGUACAACUGGUAUGUCGAAUUUGCCUUUCCAAAGAUGAUGGUUCUGAUCCUUUUAUAAAUAUAAUUCCGAAGGAGCAGCCGGAUUCAGAAUUACCUAUACUCGUUGCUCUAGGAAAUAUUUGUGGAUUGGAGGUUUCGCCGGACGAUUCUUACUCGAAGUUGAUAUGCCCGAAAUGUCACACCCGACUAGAGGAUGCUUAUAAUCUGCGUUUGCUGGCUCAGCGGUCUGAAGUAACAUUUGCCAGUAUGUCUCCAAAAUCGGAAGCAGACAUGAUGGACGACGAUUUUCGCAUGUACCUCGAUAGCGAAGAUUCGGCUUCAACAAUCUCGCUUGAAUCAGAUGAUGAAUUUACCGAUAUGGAUUUUGAAAGUGAUGAAGAAAAUUCACUUGUACCUUAUUUUAAUGGACGGGUGCAAAGCGCAAACGAUGGACAAGCUUGUUGCGCAUGUGAUGAAGUGUUUCAAAGCAAGAAAGAUCUGAGGAAACAUUCAGCCGAGAAACAUCGCACUAAUAAACCAGCAAUUUUAGUAGUAGGAAGCGAGUACAAGUGUAACGUCUGCUAUGAACAUUUUGAGAGUACAGAAGCGGUGGCAGCUCACAAGGCUGGUAAAAACAACGUCCGUCCGCCGAUACAGUGUGAAUACUGUAGAUGCAAGUUUCGUGUCUUGGAGGAUAUGAACGAACACAAAAGCACAUUCCAUAAGGACAAUCUGUUCAAAUGUUGUGGUUGUAGCUCCGUAUUUGAAGACCGAAUAGAGUUUCUCACACAUUGUCUAUUUCACAAACAUAAGGUGAAACAGAAAGCUAGUCAACUGAAGCACCCGCGAAAAAAAUAUGAUUGUCUGGUAUGCUACAAACAGUUCAAAAGUCUCGAAGAGCAACGAGUCCAUGAACUGGCACCCUAUGGAAUUGUCCGGACCCUGAAGAGUGCUAAAGAAGUUGCAGCAAGUGAAUCAAAACCGGUAGAAAAAUCCACUGCUAACGGUUUAUGCUGUGGUUGUUUUUUGGUCUAUGAAACCAAUUCCGAAUUAAAGGCGCACCAAGAUCAGGUGCAUAAAUCUAAUAGAACAGAGAAAAAUAAAGCUUCAGAGAAAAAUAAAGCUGAGUGCGGGGGUUGUUACCGACAUUUCCGCUCACAGUUUGCAGUUAAUAAGCAUCUGGUCAUGGCUGCUAGCAGGAAACGCUUCGACUGUAGCAAAUGCCCUGCGCUGAGACAUACUAUGCAGGAUAUCAUGAAUCAUUAUGAAACCCAUAAAGGACCAAAAUCAUUCCUGUGCUGCGGUUGCCCCAAGCGAUUUGAUUCGACUGAAGAGCUAGAAGAACACUCAAAAGAAGUCCACGCCAAGAAGCCUAAGAUAUAUCAUGACGGUGGUGUACCGGUGGAGCGACCAUUCGAAUGCAAUGUUUGUUACAGAAGGUACAACACCAGAAAAGACGUUCGUAAUCAUCAACAGCAAUCAUACACCUUGAAAGUGUUUGUAUGCGAUAUUUGCGGAAUGGGUUUUAAACAAAAGGCUGGUCUUACCACGCAUCUUUUAACACACGAAACGGAAGCGAAAUAUCCGUGUUCCGAGUGUGGGAAGAAGUAUAAAACGCCGGAGAAAGUUAAGGCCUGUUUAUUUAAACAUCAAAAUCCCCGGGCCCAUCAAUGUAAGAUAUGCAAUGCACCGUUCGAUAGUCGCGAAAAAUUGAACUCGCACUUGAUCUCGCAUUCAAACGAGCGUCGUUACAAAUGUGAGAUCUGUGAAAAAACUUUCAAACGUAGUUUCCAUAAACGGAAGCAUAUGACCCAACACAGCAGUGAACCGUGGUAUACCUGUCGAUUUUGCCCAUCUAUGUACCGGAGUACCAUAGCGCGUUCCAAGCAUGAAGUAAAGCACACCAAGGUGCAUCCUUAUCAAUGCGAGAUUUGCAACAAAGGAUUGUUGACGCGUGACACUUAUAUUAAGCACUACGAGAGGCAUAUUGACGAAUCAGACAAGGUGUUUCAAUGUGACCGUUGCGAAGUGCAUUACAGCAAGGAUCAUUUUCUGUCUAAUCAUUUGAUGUACACACACUUAGUUCAACCGACUGAUGAAAACUGGAAAAAGAAAUUCAAUCGACGCAAACCAGGACGGCAAAACGUAAAUGAGACCGAACCCGAUGCACAGAGCGAGUGAAUUGUAGCCGUGAGCAAUUUUCUACACAGCGAUGCGCGAAGGAUUGUAGCAAAGCGACGAGGUGUGCGAAAGACUGUGUCAAUCUGCAAUAUCUGGUCGCAGUUGAACACAUUGUUUAUUCACUUAGAAAACCGUUAGUCGAAGACACUACAGCCGAUCAUCAUUUGGUUAAACGCCCCAAUUCUUAUGCCCUAAAAAUACAAAGCUGCCCAGUAAAGCUCAGCGUGAAUUGAACUGGAAUUCUGACUGGUUCCAGUUCGUACACGGGCUCCAGUGACACAACCGAUUCUAACUAGAAUCGGUUGUGUCACUGGAGCCAGAAUACGAACUGGAACCAGCCAGAAUUCCGGUUCAUUUCCGGCUGAGCUUAACUGGGUGUAAUUACAUUAUUAUACACACAAAACUAAGAAUGCUUAAAUUUUAUUUCUUACACAAAUUCGCCAGGUUUUCUUGCUUGAUAACUGUGGAAAUAGUUGCAUAUAUGAGUUUGGGUGGCCGUGCUCAUAUGACGUAUUCAGCUUAUGUACCAUAAUUAGGCAAUCCAUUAGACGUUUGUUUGACAAUUCAGCGGUGGGUUCUGUCAACAAGUCUACUCCUGCGAACAGAAAAACUCGUCCGACAAACAACUUUGUUAGUCCGAUUCGUUUGAUGUUGGAUCGAAUCAACGAUAUUGUCGGACGUCGCACCCCUCGGAGUAACGAUCGAAUCGAUUGUGUCACUGGAGCCGGAAUAUAGGUUUUACACCAUCCGACAUAACCCUACAAAAUGAGCCGGAUGAACUUCGUUUGACAAUUCUCGGUGGUUUGUUUAGAUGGAAGUUACGUGAGUUUGAAUGUAUCAGAUGAGCACCCUAGUGAGCACCCGUUGCACUCGCACUCCCGCUACUGGCAAUGUGAACAAACCACCGAGAAUUGUCAAACAUAAACUUCAUCAUGCGUCCAUUCGUGUCGUCAUCUUGUAGAACUCAAUUAUCGUUACAGACUGUUGAAACCUGGAAAAUCCAACCAGCGACAAUUGUUUUGACGUAGGACUACGUCUUUGUUUUCGAUAUGGGGGUGCACGUUGCAAAUUCAACAAAAAUGGUAUGUAACGAAAAGUGGUCCAAUUUUAAACGCUUAUAAUUCAGCCAUCUUACGAAAAAUUUUCAUUUUUUUGCGCAUAUCGCCCAGAAAUACUUCUAAGAGUUGAUUCCAAUAGAUAAACCCAAAGAUUUUUGAUAUAAUGGCAUUAAAAUUUUAAAUAAUGUUCAACAUAGUUAAAAUACCACGCAUUUGCACACAGAAGGCUGCGCUUCCCUAGUCUGGCACGACAGAUUUAUGUACCAAACGCGCAACGCUUCUAUGAAUGACGUCACCAUCGACUAUUUAAAGAGCAGAUUUGGUCGGGCAAGCUCAGUUAACUCUUGGACAGCAAGCAGAGCACUGCGCUUCAUGCUCCCACAGCCAGUGUAGCAGAGGCUGGCGUCGUGGUACUAGUUGUCUCUUUCGCACCACCCAUCAUCACCAGCGUUGACUCAUUUUGCUUGGUGCGUAUCUUCCAUUGGUGUACGGACACGAUGUACUGGAACAGCUUUUUGAUUCAAGCACGGAACACCGUUCGCUUGGGUUUAUUGUUUGAGGCGAAUGUGUAGGUAUAUCCAAGUGUUGCGUGUAUGAUAGAAAUCUGAGCUUUCGUUGCGCGAAGCGAAAGCUUUCGGUUUUUCUUUGCGUUGUCUAGUCUCCAUGACAGGCUGAGGAGACGAAAACUUUCUUAGCAACAAAUUCACGCGAAUGGAUAGAUGAAAGUGCAACGAAGUUUUAUUAUUUACGUUUCAUCAAUUUAUUGAUUCCACUAGAUUCAUUUCCACUCAACCUAUCCCACUUUGAUUCUACCAAUACAUAGGUACUACAAAGCCUAUUUAUGAAUGGAUGCACUGUUACUCAAAAAAUCGCUGCAAAAAAUGCAUCUAAGUCCAUCCAUAAAACUAUUUUCGAUUCUUGUAUAUAUGAUUAAGACCACUGCAUUCGCUAUAUUUAUGUGUACCAGUGUUUCAAAUAAACCACACAUUUCACACCAAGGAGUCUGUUUCCAAAGGAGCGGUGGAAACCAAUCAUUGUUAUGCACGUUUCUGGGAGUGAGUAAAAAAAUCAAAGCAAUCCAAGUGGGUUUUGACUCUUAGGUUUUCACUCCUGGUUUUGGCUCCUCCUGUCCACUCCGGUUUGUGAUUCUUGUUCUGUCGCCGCUUAUAGACCGAAUUUAAUUUCAAAUUUUGCUAACAGCUCUUCAAGAUUUGUAUGUAAUUUCUCAAUUAUCCCAGCAGUAGGUACAGGGUGCGCCAGCUGGAUGUUUCCUUUUACCACAUUGAACAACUUCGCAAUUUUUAGCCGUUUUCACAAGUAAACAAGUUUUUUAGGAUAUUUUAUGCCAUUUAAACCAGGUUUAUUAUACAACGUAGAUUAUAUAACCACCCCCAUUUGAUACACAAAAAGCAGCUCUUUUGCGGGCAUUUUGCAUGACAUUGGACAGCAUAUCGGGCUUAAUUGCAGCAAUUUCAUCUCGUAUAUUAGCUUUGUGUUCGUUUGCUAGAAUACACUUUACUUUUCAAGUAACCCCACAGAAAAAUAUCUGGCACCGUUAAAUCCGGAGAAUGAGGAGGCCAUUCCAAAUCAUCAUUUUUCGAGACAACGCGUCCUGGGAAUUUUCUCUGCAAGAACUUGAUUGCGGUGUGGCAUUGUGCCCCGUCUUCUUGAAAAUAUAAGUUUUUCAGACCUUUUUUCUGCAUUUGUGGACAGACAAAGUGCGCCAAAAUCCAACGGUAGCGCCCGUUGUCGAUGGUCUCUCUUUGAAAAAAUAAGGACCGACGCUUGUUUUGGAGCACACUCCGGCCAAAACAGUUACUUUCUGGUCGUGCGGUUUGAUGUAUAACGUGUGGGUUCUGUGUCCCCCAAAUUCGAAAAUUUUGUUUAUUUAAUCCGCCGGAAAGGGUGAAGUGAGCCUGCCAUAUUUUUUUACGAUAAACACGCAUAGUUUUCACUAUUGAACGAUCGUUUUCAAUGUAAAGCGCUACGAUUUCAGCGCGUUCUUUUGAUAUAAAUCGACUUAUAGCUAAAAUGGCACUCCUUCGAGGUCUAUCGAAAAGAAGCUUUCGCCAUGAAUUGUACCAAGGAUUUGUUUUGCUUUUGUGCUUGAUAAAAUGAAAAUUGAAAAUCAUAAUUGUGCUCGGGCUUUUAAACUGUAUGCUGCAAUUAUAAUCUAGUAACCUGUUUUCAC